UCAACUCUUUUUCCUCCUUAUAUAAGCAUGUGUAUAUAUGCAUAUGAUCGAAUACAACCUUGAGCAAUUUAUUGUAACAUAUGAUCGAUGGAUCUAUUUUCCCAGAAAAUCGAAAGAUCCGAGCUAAAGGAAGGAGACCAUGUAUAUAGUUGGAGGAAAGAAAGAUUAAUCAGCCAUCAUGGCAUCUUCAUCGGGGAAGGCAAAAUUAUCCAUUUUGUGAAUCCUAAAAAGAAAUCUACGGGCAAUCCCUAUUUAGCGCCGUUUAGAGGAUUCGCAACAAGUAGCGAUGGUAGUGGAAAGAAAGAAAAGACCAUUUGUCCGAAUUCGUUUUGUAAGUUGGAGAAAGUGGCUGGAAGCGGAGUAAGAACGUCUUGCAUAGACUGCUUCGUUAAAAAAGGGUCACUAUGUCGUUAUAAAUAUCAAGCAAGUCGCGAGUUUCUUCUAGCAAAAACUGUUGGCGGAACAUGCACAACCGCGGAAUCUGAUCCUCCAGAAGAAGUAAUAUAUAGGGCUACUUAUCUGCAUGAAAAUGGGUAUGGAAAGUAUGAUUUGAGUAGUAAUAAUUGCGAAGAUUUUGCACUUUAUUGUAAAACUGGUCUAUGGAGCACUGAUAAAGAGUAUCAAGGGAGGAGUAGUCAAGCGAAUAUGGUUCAUUCAACACAUAAAACAAAAAAAGAAGAAGCUAUGGGAGAGAAGGUGUAUCGAUAUGCAACGGCUAUUCCAAGAACAUUUUUGAAAAGAGAGAGUAAAGAUUUGGGUCUUCGUAAUGAUGUUGUGAAGGUUCCCGUAGAGGAGUUAUCGUCCUUUUGUACUUCUGUAAGGCAAAAAUGAAUAAACAACGUACGUGCAACUUCGAUCCUUUUACAAGUCUUUUAUUUAUCAGUUUGGGAUGUGUUAUAUGGAAGCUUGGAAAAGCUUUCAUCUAUGAAUAUAUUUGUGUCAAUCAUUAAUUAUGCAGAAUGCGUGCAUGAUUCAAUGAAUCCAGUGUAUAUGAAGAUAUAUGUUUCUUUAAUGUCUCUCAAUGAAUAUUAGAAGAUAUAAGCUAGAUAUUUUAUAUUAA